AUCAAAAUCGUAGUCAAAAUUGAAACAACAUGAAGUCGAAACACUCUUUGCUGUACAUACAAUUAUUGGUUAACACAGUUUGUUGUAUUUAUGGUAGACAAGAAAAUCUUUUGUUCUCCACUGAACAUAAAGUGAAAAAGAUUGAUCUGGAUACAGGAGUCGUGAAGGAUCUAGCUAAUCUUGAUACAAUAGUACAUUCCAUAGCUUACGAUGUAAAAGAAAGAUAUGUGUAUGUUCCAAGAGGAGGUGAAAAUGUCAUAGUUAGAUUCCCUUAUCCAAAUGAUGAUCAGACUGUAAAUUUUGAAACUGUUAUCUAUACAGACAGACCAUAUUACGUAUCAUUUGACUCAAAAAACAGUCAUCUAUAUUGGACCGAACAGGAAAAAUUAGAAAAAAUUAUGAGAUGUAAUUCAGAUGGAUCCAAUUUAACCAUCAUUGUUAAAGAAUUUAGUCUAACUGCAUUUACAUUAGACACACAUCAUAGAUGGAUCUACUAUAGUACAAAAUCAAGUUAUGCAUUGCACAGGGUGACUUUUGACGGAAACGAAAAACGGAUAGUAAUGAAACUGACAGCAUUGGCGAUAGAUAUAGAAAUAGAUUUUGUUGACAAGCGAGUUUAUUGGAUCGAAUAUGAAAAGGGGGACUUAAAAUCUGCUUUGUAUAAUGGGUCUGAUGUUAAAACAGUGGUUAGCACAAAUGUAAAUUUAAAUAGCCGAGAAAUUGAUAUUGGAGGUGAAUACGUUUUCUACACAAGUUCUAAUACAAUUUUAAAGAUACACAAAUCUUCAGGACAAAUCCCAACUGUUGUGCACACAGACACAAGACAGAUCUAUGGACUUUUGUUUUAUAAACAAGAAGAUAUUCCAAUUGUUACAGUUACACAUAAUGCAUAUAACAGAACGUAUGGAUACAAUGUGACUCUAGAAUGCAUGAUCGAUUCUUAUCCAAACCAUACCAAUGUAUACUGGCAACAUAUAUAUAAUGAAACAGUUUUAAAUAUAACAUCCGAUAGUCCUGGUGUGUAUGGCUCAACGGUGACAGACCCGUCAUUGACUAUAUUGCAGGUUACUUUGGAAGGAUCCGGACAAUACAUAUGCUUUGCUGUAAAUGUUGUUGGAACUGGAAAGAGUGAACCAACCACUUUGGCCGUUUUCGGAGAUAUUCCAAUUGUUACAAUUAAACAUGAUGUAUAUAACAGAACGUAUGGAUACAAUGUGACUCUAGAAUGCAUGAUCGAUUCUUAUCCAAACCAUACCAAUGUAUACUGGCAACAUAUAUAUAAUGAAACAGUUUUAAAUAUAACAUCCGAUAGUCCUGGUGUGUAUGGCUCAACGGUGACAAACCCGUCAUUGACUAUUUUGCAGGUUAGUUCGGAAGAAUCCGGACAAUACAUAUGCUUUGCUGUAAAUAUUGUUGGAACUGGAAAGAGUGUACCAACCACUUUGACCGUUUUAGGAGAUAUUCCAAUUGUUACAAUUGAAAAUGCAGUAUAUAACAGAACAUAUGGAAACAAUGUGACUUUAAAAUGCAUGAUCGAUUCUUCUCCAUACCACACCCAUGUUUACUGGCAACAUAUAUUUAAUGAAACAGUAUCAAAUAUAACAUCCGAUAGUCCCGGUGUGUAUGGCUCAACGGUGACAGACCCGUCAUUGACUUUAUUGCAGGUUUCUUGGAAUGAAUCCGGACAAUACAUAUGCUUUGCCGUUAAUAUUGUUGGAAAUGGAAAGAGCGAAUCAACUGUUUUGAUCGUGUUGGGAGAUAUUCCAAUUGUUACAAUUACAAACGCAGUAUAUAACAGAACGUAUGGAGACAACGUGACUUUAGAAUGCAAGAUCGAUUCUUCUCCAAACCACUCUCAUGUAUACUGGCAACAUAUAUAUAAUGAAACAGUAUUCAAUGUAACAUCCGAUAGUCCCUUUGUGUAUGGCGCUACGGUGACAAACCCAUCAUUGACUCUACUGCAGCUUUCUUCAGAAGAGUCCGGACACUACAUAUGCUUUGCUGUUAAUAUUGUUGGAACUGGAAAGAGCGAACCAACCACUUUGACCAUAUUAGGGGAACAGAAAGAUCUUGUAGUUAAUGUUGAAAAAGACCGAUAUAUUGUGAUGUAUGGAAGGUCACUCACAUUGGAAUGUUCAGUCCAUACAGCUAGACAGAGUCCUCCAGUUCGUGAGAUAUAUUGGCAGUACAAUAAUAAUGGCGUACUAACUACGAUUGUUAAAGAUACAGACGGGAUAUCCGGGAGUUCCAUCGAAGUUCCAUCACUGACUAUUUUGGAUGUGACAACAUCUGAAUCUGGAAUUUACAUCUGUUUCGCUAAAACUAAUAACGGAACGGGACAGAGUAGACCAAUAAAUGUUACUGUUAUAGGAGAUGAGCCAAUUGUAAACGUAGGAGAUACAAUUUCUUCAACCAGGUAUGGUGAAAAUAUAACAUUAUUCUGUAAUAUAACUGCUAACCCAAAAGUGACACAUGUUUACUGGGAGAAAGAAGUAAAUGGUACUAAAAACGUCCUAAAUAGUUGGACAGUCGGAAUCCGGGGCGCUUCUGUAGAAACUCCAUCGUUGACUAUAAUGAAAAGCACUACAGCAGAUGCAGGAAAUUACAAAUGCGUAGCCACAAAUGAUGUUGGAACAGGAAACAGUGAAACUAUUAGUUUAAAAGUGAUUGGUAAGUUGCCAACUGUAAGCGUCACACCAGUUUUGCAACCAGUGAAUUAUGGUGAAUCGGUAAACAUUACUUGUGGUGUUAACGCAAACCCACCAGCGACAAUUGUUUAUUGGGAGAAAAAAUCAAAUGGUUUCAUCAAAGUAAUGAAUAAUGAAACUACUGGUACAGCAGGCAUUACAGUUGAAAAUCCAUCGAUGACUUUGUUACAUGCAACGGAUUCGGAUUCGGGAUAUUAUAAAUGUUUCGCAGUCAAUGAAUUUGGACUGGGUUACAGCUCAUCUGUAAGACUAACUGUCAUUGGAGGUCUUCCAGAAGUUUCUGUUCCAUCUUUGAAAUAUCUAACUGGUACUGGUCAUACAAUAUCUAUUAGUUGUUUUGUGAAAAAUACAUCUCCGGAAGUUUCAAAGGUGUACUGGAAAAGAUAUCUACAUGGCUCCUCAACAAUAAUAUCAUCCACUUCGAUAGGAAUUAAAGGAGUUACUGUUGAAAAUCCAUCAUUAAUAAUUCCAUCUGCCAUGGAAUCGAUGACAGGCGAAUAUACAUGUUUUGCUGUUAAUUCUGUCGGAACUGGUAGCAGUCUUCCUGCAAAAUUGACAGUUACAACCGGAUUUAUACCAGUUGUCAACUCUGAGGAUUCACAUAGUAUAAAGAGUAACAGUAAUACAGUGGUUUCAAUAACUAUAGCUGCGGUUGGUGCAAUAGCUGCAGUAGGAUCAGCAAUAGUAGCUUGUUGUUCUUAUAGGCUUAACCAUAGGUCUGGAAACCAGUCAGAGUCCCAACAGCCAUCUUCAUCAACUGAACUCAAUGCAUCGACAGCAGGUAACGGAGAUGUUGAAAACAUGAAUAACAGUAGACAACAAAUACGUUCCAGUAUAAAUAACCCCAGACCACCAAGUUCUACAGGUUCUAGUACUAAUGCUAAACGCGAUGUAUGAGAGAGAGAUAAAGACACGGAACACUAGAAAACACUGAACAACUUAUGUUUUUUUCAUUUGAUUUAAUGUUUUUCCUGAAAAUAGCACUUAUAAUUUUUUUGAGAGUUUGAUUACGCCUUUCACCAGGUAGGCCAUAAAAAGACUCUUACAAAGUUUUGAUUUGCCUAUUUUUUUACCUAAUGUCUUUUUUUUUUUAACUUUGGAUUUUUCUUAUACAAGUGUAUCUAAUUUGUUAACGUUCCUUUUGUGUACUGUUAUGUUAUCAUUAUUAAUUGUAUAUUUGUAUAUUGUGUGUUGAAAUAUAUAUAGAUUUACUUUCUAAA